UCCUGCGAGGGACGCUCCCGCACCUCCUGCACACCUCCGGCUCGCCGCAGGAGGAGGGCCCCAGGCUACUUUCUCCACCUCCUCUCCCUGCUCCCUGCAAGCCAGGGGAAGGCUGCCGAGAGCCCCCACCACCGCUGGCCUUCUUUUUAUGUUGUCUGCAGGGAGAAAGAGGGCGAGGGACAACUUGGUGCUGGGGAACUGACCUCUGGCUUGGCGGGCCCUUGGGCAGGGAGGGCAGAAGAGGAGUGGCUGGGGCUGGAGGACUCCAUGCGGGGGCGAUGGACAGAGCGGCGCUUCUGGGACUGUCGCGCCUGUGCGCGCUGUGGGCAGCCCUGCUCGCGCUGUUCCCCUGCGGAGCCCAGGGAAAUUGGAUGUGGUUGGGCAUCGCCUCCUUUGGGGUUCCGGAGAAGCUGGGCUGCGCCAACUUGCCGCUGAACAGCCGCCAGAAGGAGCUGUGCAAGAGGAAACCGUACCUGCUGCCGAGCAUCGGAGAGGGCGCGCGGCUGGGCAUUCAGGAGUGCAGGAGCCAGUUCAGGCACGAGAGGUGGAACUGCCUGGUCACCGCCGCCCCGCCGGGCACCAGCCCCCUUUUUGGUUACGAGCUGAGCAGCGGCACCAAGGAAACAGCGUUUAUUUAUGCUGUGAUGGCUGCAGGCCUGGUGCAUUCUGUGACCAGGUCCUGCAGUGCAGGCAACAUGACCGAGUGCUCCUGCGACACCAGUUUGCAGAGCGGCGGCUCCGCCAGCGAAGGCUGGCACUGGGGGGGCUGCUCGGAUGAUGUCCAGUAUGGCAUGUGGUUCAGCAGGAAGUUCCUAGAUUUCCCCGUCAGAAACAGCACAGGAAAAGAAAGCAAAGUACUGUUAGCAAUGAAUCUACACAACAACGAAGCUGGAAGGCAGGCUGUCGCCAAGUUGAUGUCGGUAGAUUGCCGCUGUCACGGAGUUUCCGGCUCGUGCGCUGUGAAAACGUGCUGGAAAACCAUGUCUUCUUUCGAGAAGAUUGGCCACUUGUUGAAGGAUAAAUAUGAAAACAGUGUCCAAAUUUCAGACAAAAUAAAGAGGAAAAUGCGCAGGAGAGACAAAGAUCAGAGGAAAAUACCGAUUCGCAAGGAUGAUCUGCUCUACGUUAACAAGUCUCCCAAUUACUGUGUCGAGGAUAAGAAACUAGGGAUCCCGGGGACUCAAGGCAGAGAAUGCAACCGCACGUCAGAGGGCGCGGACGGCUGCAACCUCCUUUGCUGUGGCCGAGGCUACAACACCCACGUGGUCAGGCACGUGGAGAGGUGCGAGUGCAAGUUUAUCUGGUGCUGCUACGUUCGCUGCAGGAGGUGUGAAAGCAUGACUGACGUCCACACUUGCAAGUAGCCCCUCCAUCCUGCGUUGAGCAACGCUGCUCAGUUACAGCCGAGGGAGUGUCACCCAGAGGGUGCCUCUCACCCUGCAGGUUUGGGGAAGCAGACUCCGGCCUCAGAAGCCCCAGACCCUCCUGCCGCUCGCUGAGCCCCCUUUACCUGGUGGAUAUACAAUCGCACACAGAGCAUGUGGAUUUUGGGGGGAUGCCAGAGUUGACAAGGUUUGGGUUCAUCUUUUGGUGGUUUAGAAAUAUAUAUUGACACACCAGGAAGAUAAUCUGUCUCCUAAACAAGAAAGAACAGGAAGCAGCCUUCACGCAGGGAGACCCGGUCCAUACUCAGGAUAAGACCCUGGACUAUGGAACUCAGCUAUAGAACUCAAUUGUGGUGGGUGCUCAGACUCCGAGAUCUCUGGCAUUCUGUUUCCCACAGUGGGUGAACAUUAGGCGUUUUUAAAAGACACCUCUUCUAGCAGCAAGGAACAGUAAACAUGAUCUCAUUUAUUCUCUCAGUAUUUUAGAUGAAGAAAUCAUACUGUUUGUACAUAGAAACAGACGCUGAAAAGUAACAGAAGUGGUGGGGGCUUACUUACCCUUUCAUGCCUUUUAAAAGGAAAGCAAUUAAAAAGAAUUUUCAUAAGUGAUACAGUAUCCCUAUAAAGUGUUCGCUAGAGAUGUUUAGUGACAAAAGGGAAGAAUCUAAACAUUAAAAAGUAAAAUGUAUGGUUUGGAUUUUAAGUGCCUUUGAACUAGGAGAAUUUAUCUAGAGAAAUUUCAGAUAUACAGCAAUCUUUUUAUCUUUGACUUCAUUUUUUUUAAAUUUAAGUUAGCUAACAUAUAGUGUAGUUGGCUUCAUUCUUUAAUGGUAGACCAAUUUCUACUAUUAAAACCUUAGCUUGGAAAUAAUGGGGAAGAUAGGGAUCUUGAAAGCAGGUGGGAAAAUUAAAGGUAAAAACAUAAAGGGCUCUCAUACAUUGUAAGGGAAAGCACCCUUUAAAUGUGUAAAGACACUAUUUUGUAUAGUAUUUUGCUAAAAAAUUAUAUAUUUUGUAAAUACAGUAUUUAAGUUAUAUGAUAUAUAUGAAAACUUAAGACAUUUAUUGCCAAAGCCCAAGAGCUAAGGCAAUAAAAUUAUCUCAGAAAUAUGAUUAGCUUCUGUUUCUUUUCAUACUAUUAACCCUUUUUUUUUAAACGUUGAAAAAGAAGUUGAGUAGUUAGUUAUAUGGAUGUGUUUUUCUUGUCAAAAUGACAGUUUUACAUGUUGCAGAUUAAAAUAUCCUGCAAAAUCUUGAGAAUUGUGUUAUUUCAGCAGAUUAGUUCAGUUCUGCUUUUAAUUAGUUAUGUUUAACUUGUAAGGUUAUUAUAAUAAAUUAUGCAGUAAAAGUGUUAACGGAUAAAAGAAUCUAAAUCAAAAUAAUGAUCAAUUUGUGGAGUUGAUAUCCUGGAUAUUUAUUAUAUUGUAUGUAAUGCUGCCUUUCCAUGUGAAUGUUGAAUGGUCUUUCUAAGUUGAGUAUUCAUGCAUGUAUAUUCAUCAUAUUUUACAAGGUUCCUGUUUAAAAAUUACACGGCUACAUUUAAGGCUGUGUUUAAAUGUAGACGCUUAUGUUUUUUAUGAAUUGUUAAAAUUUCAGUAUUAUGUAGGAAAAAUUUCUAAAUUCAGAAAGGACAAAGAAAGAAUUUUCUUUUUCUCAUAGUAAGCUAAAGAAAUGUUUUCUUGCCCACAGGUCUCAUUCUAUUGCCUUUCCAUUUUAUUUACCAAGGCAGAGCAAUAAUUUGUGAAAAACAGCCAACCCAUGGAAAAUAUCUCAGGCCUGCCUAUUAUUAAAUUCAAGGCAAAACAUUUAAUUGUGACCCUUAAAGUUUAACAAAAAUAUAUUAUUUAUAAAUGAAAAACUCAGAAAUGACAAUUGAAUAAAUAUAGUACUUAUUUAAAAGAGUGGUUUAUCAAUCUUUAGCAUCCACUGAUUAGAAUAACCUGAGAGACACUUAUUUCAUGUCUUUUUUUUUUUUUGCGUAAAUGUAUUUUGUCUGCAUUGAAAAUAAGCACUUUUUUUAAGAUAAAGAAUAGUUCCCAUUAACAACCAAUUUCUUCUAUUAACUAGAAAUCUUUUCAUAAUUACUUUACCAAACAAUUGGAAGAACCAGACAGCCUCUAAUUCCCAAAUACCUGGUUACUAUUUAGCGGUUGCUGAAGACGGUGAUGCCAACUCAGACUCUCCUCUCUGGGAUGCCUGAGCAGGAACUCCUAAGACCCACACUGUGUCUCUGGCUUCUUCUUUUAAUUCUCCUCCCGGGCAUCACCACGGAAACCAUCCUUGAAUUUCUCACCCGUUUUACUGAGCCUGGACUUGGCUCAAUUUCUUCCCACUCUCCAUCAUGGUUGAGGUAGCACCAUGGUGCUCUUGGGAGUACUAGUUGUGGAGCCCAAAUGUUCCUAUCCAGUCUAGGCUAAUUUGCCUGCAUUAUUUAGGGCUCUUCAUGUUGCAAGUCACAGAAAACGCAACCCAGACUGACAAACGUUAAAGGAAAUGUACUGACUAGGUAACUGAAAGUCCAGAGUUGUGACUGGUUCUGAUAAAGCUUGAUCAAAAAGUUCACACUGGGGUCCCAUGGUUCAGGUCUUUCCAGCUCUAGCUGAAAACAGGCUGGCUUCUGCAGUGUUGUCUUCUACUUAAGGCCCCACACGGUGGGGUGGACCCUCCCUGCCCCCACUCCGCCCCCAGUGGCCUCAGGCUCUCCUCUUUUCUUAGCAACAUGGCUGCCACACUCCCCCCAGACCUCACCUUCUCCUACCACUCAUUCUAAGGAAAGAGAGAGGUUCUUUUUUGGUUGCUCCCAUAGGAGAGUUGGAGAACUUUGUUUUUUCCUUCUUCGCAGAAUGCCCAGCAAAGGCCCUUCUGAGUCUCAUUGGCUCCAGUUGGUUAAUGUGUCCAUCCUUGAACCAAUCAGAAUGGCCAGUGGAAGUUGGGGUUAGGGGAUAAAUACACUGAUCAUCUUAAGGUAAUCAAGACCCAUGCCGAACCUGGCGGUGGGGCCAAUUCUAACGAAACCCACAUAGCUUGAGAAUAGGUAAGGGGUGAAUCCACAGAGGAAAACCAGGAUGUGAUGUUAUCAUUAAAGGGUACAUGGGUGCUGGGCGGCACAAACAUAAGAUGUCCUCAGCUCUAGUGAUGUGUUCUGAAAACAGCUUUCUGGCAGCACUUGCGUCAGGCUUAUAGCCACACAAAGCGCUAUGGAUUAUGUAUAGGAUACAAAGUGCCUUCAUUUGUUUAAACGCCCUUUAUGACCUUAAAAGUGUAAAAGGGGAGGAGAGGUGAUCUGGUGUAUUAAUUUUACACUUAGGAGUUCAACUAUUCUGUAAAUUGGGAACUGCCUAAUAGAGGCAGCGGUAAGAGGCAAUGAUGAUUGUCUAAAAAUGAUACCAAGAAAAACAUACCAAAUGGCAUUAUCUGUAGCCUCUGGAUAAAGAAAUUUGCUAAUUAAAACAUUUCCCCGAUAGCAGUAUUUUACAAAACAUUAAAAGCACUUGAAUUUGUUUGACUAUAAACAACUGCAUUAUUUCCUUAUUCACAAUCUGGAUGAUAGUUGUUUUGUUUUUAAAAAAACUAUGAUGGUUGUAUUUAGAAUAAUGAUAGAAUUCAAUUAUAUAUGUUAGACGCUUGGACCCUGUAUGUUUUUGCAGCUUUGUAAUCAUGUGACAUCCACAAGGUAUUUUAGAAACACACUGUAACUUUCUGAAGUACUGUCAAUCCUGGUAGGUUGGGUUUUCACUUAGUUUAAAAUGUGGAACCAGAAAAGCUUUCCAUCAGCAUAUCGUUUGAUAGGCAUUUGGAUGAGCUGCUGGUACUUGUUGCAUCACAUCCCAAAGUCCACCAAAGACUGCAGAGUCAAACCAACCAUUUGGAGUCAGUUAGUCCAUGAUCCAGAGCACUAUAAUCCACGUAGCUGACUUGCAGAAGAAAAAUUCAAAUCCUAUCUCCAGGAACCAUGAAUACUCCUCAGGACAAGCUCUUCUCAAGGAAAGUUGGCUAGGAAGCCUUGAUUUUUUUCUUUUUUUUUAAAUUUCACUCUCACUGUAGACCAGAUGUUAUAAGUCAUAACAUUUCUUGGAGUAGGGUGAUGGGGUAAGCUGAGGACAUAAAUGCAUGUGGCACAGCAUGAAAGGGGGACACGGGGGACACCAGGGACUCAUUUCCUUUGAAACAGAAAAUAAUAGCAGACACUUAGAUAGUGCUUACUCUAUCCCAGGCAUUGUUUCCAGUAACUUCUAUGUAUUAAUCAGAAUCUGUGCCCUUCGCCACCAUGUAAUAUUGUGCCUCACACAGCAUCAAAAUUGUCACACACUGCAUUUACAGUAUACAAUUUAAAGAGUUUUUUUUGUAUUUGUAAAUAUAAUGAAAAUUACAGGAUGUUCCUUCAGGGUUUGGCUGUAUAAAUUUGGUUGAAGUACAGUAGUGAAGGGAUGGAAGAAUUGAGAUCUUAGAAUUCACCAUGAAAUAGAAUUAAAAGACACUGCCUCUUGAUUUCUAAGCUCAAAGUGAUUUAAACUUCCUGCUAUUUUAGAUCCCAGUGUGGUUAACAGUUGGAUUUUGCAGGAGCCUAACAAUCAUUCCAAAAGGAAAUGACUAGGGGUAAAGAUCAAACUAAUUUAGUGCGACAUUAAAUAAAUACUUACCUCCUUUUUAUUGUGCUUACAGCCAAUUGUUGCAGAAAGUGUCAUUUCUAAUACAUGGAUGAAUCUUACCAUUGGUAAUGAUUUACAUUCAUAUCCAAAGCAAAACAACUAGAGGUGGUUUGCAUGAUUUAAAAAAUCUCUUGAAACAAAAUCAGGACUGGAAAAGCAGCCUCUCGCUAUCUCUCUGUCAAAUAAAUAAAUAAAAUCUUUAAAAAAAAAGAGUAGGAAAAGCAGCCUCUCCCACUGAUUGUAAAGGAAAGUAAUAAUAAAUGUGGACCAAGUCCACGCAAACUGGUUUCGUAUGUGAUUUAGUUUGCAGAAUAAGUGGAAGCAUCUGAUUGGUGUACGAGAAUGGAAAAGCACAACGAGUGGGGGACAGAGGGCUGCCCGUUUCUCUCUGUCCCAGUGCUGUUCUGAACCCUCGAGGAGGCUCACCUCCAAACGGGCCAAGGAGCCUUCCCCUUUGCAUGCUAGUAACAAUCAAACCCUCGUAAUCAUGCCCAUCUCCACUCGGUCAUGUUUAGCUAAGAAGGAAGGGUGGCCUCUUGCAGCCCCCAAUUAUUCUUUGACAAGAGAGAAAUGUCACCAAACUUAACUGCACAUUUAAAUACACCUCGAACUCUUCAUUAACUAAAGGUAUAAAUAUACAAAAUGUAAGUCAGUAAUCACCUUUGUUUCUAGUACGUAAUCCCUACUUUUUUUUUAAAGUGGUUUUUUUGGGGCGCCCGGGUGGCUCAGUCGUUAA